AUUGGCUCCUUCAUCAUAUUUACAAUCCUUCUUCUUCCCACCUCCCUUAACCGUCACUCUCACUUUCUCUCUCACACACCCACACACUCACAAAUUCACCUUCCAGCUUAAUUGCAACUGAGAAUUUCAAAAAAAAAAAAAAAAAGAAAAACCCAGUUGUUGAUAAUCAUCAAUCAUCUCCUCUGUUUGUUAAAUCAAAGACAGAGGCAUGAGUUCAACUCUGCUCUACAACCCAAUCAACCCAUCAACAGCGCUGUAUUCAAGAACCCCCUUUCUAAUUCCCAAGGAUUUUCCGGCGGAAUUAUGCCGGUUAUCGCCGAACCAGAAACCCCUCUCGAGGAAUCCAGAAAAUGGGUUCUCCAAGAAAUUUACAACCAGAGCCAAGGCGGCCGCCGGCGUGGCCGAGCCGGCAAGAGCCGAGCCGCCGUCUAAGGAAAAUAAGAAGAUGAGGGUUUUGGUGGCCGGCGGCGGAAUUGGGGGGCUGGUUUUCGCUUUGGCGGCGAAGAGGAGAGGGUUUGACGUGGUGGUGUUUGAGAAGGAUUUGAGUGCAAUUAGAGGGGAGGGGCAAUACAGGGGGCCGAUUCAGAUACAGAGCAACGCAUUGGCUGCUUUGGAAGCCAUUGAUAUGGAUGUUGCUGAUGAGGUUUUGAGCUCCGGUUGUAUCACCGGUGAUCGGAUUAAUGGCUUGGUUGAUGGCAUUUCCGGCAAUUGGUACGUGAAGUUCGAUACUUUCACCCCUGCAGCAGAACGAGGACUUCCAGUUACUAGAGUCAUUAGCCGAAUGACUUUACAACAAAUCCUAGCUCGUGCAGUCGGUUCCGACAUUAUUAUUAAUGAUAGCAAUGUUGUUGAUUUUAAUGAUGACGGUGAAAAGGUGACUGUAACUCUUGGAAGUGGACAGAGUUACGAAGGCGAUCUUCUCAUCGGUGCUGACGGGAUUUACUCCAAGGUGAGGAAAAAUUUGUUCGGGCUAACAGACCCGAUAUACUCCGGCUACACUUGUUACACCGGUAUUGCAGAUUUCGUCCCCGCCGACAUCGAGACAGUUGGGUACCGAGUAUUCCUAGGACACAAACAAUACUUUGUCUCAUCAGAUGUCGGUGGUGGAAAGAUGCAGUGGUACGCCUUCUAUAAUGAAAAACCCGGCGGUGUAGAUGAUCCCAAAGGUAAAAAGACGAGAUUACUCAAGUUAUUCGAUGGUUGGUGUGACAAUGUAAUAGAUCUAUUACUUGCUACGGAUGAAGAUGCAAUUCUUCGACGUGAUAUAUACGAUCGCACCCCGACUUUUUCUUGGGGAAAGGGUCGCGUGACUUUGCUCGGUGAUUCUGUCCAUGCUAUGCAGCCUAAUUUAGGUCAAGGUGGUUGCAUGGCCAUUGAGGAUGGAUAUCAACUAGCAAUGGAGCUCGAUAAAGCGUGGGCGCAAAGCGUCGAGACAGGAACACAAAUCGAUGUAGUCUCUUCUUUAAAGAGAUAUGAGAAUGCUCGAAAAUUACGUGUUGCGGUUAUUCACGGACUAGCUAGAAUGGCUGCAAUUAUGGCAUCGACUUAUAAGGCAUACCUCGGUGUAGGGCUCGGACCAUUGUCGUUCCUUACAAAGUUCAGAAUACCACACCCCGGAAGAGUUGGAGGAAGAGUAUUUAUCGACAUCGGUAUGCCGUUGAUGCUUAGUUGGGUUCUCGGCGGUAACGGUUCGAAACUUGAAGGGAGAGCACUGCAGUGCAGACUUUCCGACAAAGCCAGUGAUCAGUUGCGAACAUGGUUUAGUGACGACGAAGCUCUCGAACGAGCCCUUGAUGCUGAUUGGUUUUUAUUUCCGAUUGGAGAUUCGACCGCAGCUUCCGAAACCAUAUUCCUAAGCCGAGACGAGAACAAUCCAUACGUAAUUGGGAGUGUAUCACAUCCAAACGUUCCUGGAGUGUCGAUAGCUAUACCUUCGCCUCAGGUUUCGGAGAUGCAUGCUAAAAUAACCUACAAAGAUGGAUUCUUUUACGUGACCGAUUUGAGGAGUGAGCACGGGACAUGGAUUGCAGACAAUGAAGACAAGCGAUUCCGUGUUUCUCCGAAUUUCCCUACACGUUUCCGCCCCACCGAUGUGAUCGAGUUCGGAUCGGAUAAAAAGGCGGCGUUCCGCGUGAAGGCUAUGAAGUUGGCACCGAAGGCAACGAACAAGGAGGGCGAGAAAGAAGUUUUGCAGGCAGUGUAGAUACUUGAAAUAUGUACAGCAAUUGUUGGUGAAAAUUUAUAAGCGUAGGGAUAAUAAACUCUGCAGAUUUUAUUAUACAAUGAAACUUUUAAUUAGUUAUUUUUCAGAUUUAAUGGUCAGAUUUAGAUAAUACAUGUAUAUAGAUGUGAUCAUGUAAAAAUACAAUAAUGUUUGUUUUUUAGUGAUUUUACUGUCUAAAUUGUGAUCA